AUGGCUGGCCGACUUCAAGGAAAAGUAGCCCUUGUCACGGGCGCAUCUCGAGGAAUUGGCCGCGCUACCGCACUGGCUCUUGCCAAAGAAGGCGCCAGAGUUGUGGUCAACUACGUUUCAUCCGCCGCAGCUGCAGAAGAGGUGGUGGCGGAAAUCGGCUCAGACGAUGCAAUAUCUGUUAAAGCAGAUGUUUCUAAACUGGACGACAUACGAAAAUUGAUCGAUCAGACAGUAGAGAGAUUCAGCAAGAUUGAUAUUCUUGUCCUUAAUGCAGGAUUGCUUUGGCAGGCAGGAGACCUCAUGAGCAUCACGGAAGACAAUUUUGACCGGCUUUUCGCUGCCAACGUUCGCGGGCCUCUCUUCACCGUCCAAGCAGCUGCUCCUCAUAUUCCAGAUGGAGGACGUGUUCUUCUUUUUUCAACUUCAUUGGCCGGAUUCAGCAUGAUCACUCCAAAUUACCUCCUCUAUACAGCGACGAAGGGAGCAGUGGAGCAGAUGACUCGUGUCCUGGCCAAGGACCUCGGACGUAGGGGGAUUACCGUCAACACCAUCUCACCUGGACCCAUCGGAACUGAUGCUUAUUUUGUGGGUAAAACAGAACAGAUGGUCCAGAUGCAGAGCAAUAUGGCACCGGCAGGACGGUUGGGAAAGCCAGAGGAGGUGGCAAAUGUCAUCGCCUUUAUCUCCAGCGAUGACAGUCAAUGGGUAAACGGGCAGACUUUGAGGAUUAAUGGUGGUAUGACAGUUGGCUGA